AUGGACCUACCCUCUCAAAGUACGUCUUCUCCUCCUCUACAUUUCCCUCUCGAGGCAAACAGCCAACCCUCGCAGGGGAUCUACUACCUCCUCCGCCACCCCGUCCUCUGGAAACCAAUGCGCCGGCGACUCCCCCUUGCGCUCAUAAUAAGCACAACGAUCAUCACGCUCAUGUUCGUGCUUACCUUCCUGCCCCAAGCGGCCUUCCUCGCGCUAUUCAAGAUCCACGGCCCGCUCGCGCUUUUCCACGCUGCGCUCGCGGUGCUCACGGAGAGCGCGACGCUCAUCAGCUUCAUACUUGAGAACUUUGUGAUCGAGGAAGGGGUGGUGGACAUAUUCGACGCGACGCUCCUUCUCAAGCGGGAGGACGGGCUUGUCUCCAGGGGGAGGGAACUGAAGCCUCUGGCGACGGAGGAGAAUGGCGUGGUCGUCCAGGGAGCGAAGGAUGUAGUGGACCGUUUGGGAGAGUAUACGAUGAGCCCGUUCACGAGGUUUUCCUUCUGUGACCUGUUUGUUUGGGUUUUGGAACUGCCGAUCAACUUCGUCCCUCUGGCAGGGCCGUGGUUGUUCCUAGCGCUUCAGGGGCUCAGCGUGGGCCCGGCUGCGCAUUAUCAUUAUACGCUAUUGUUAGGGCUGAAGAAGAAGGAACAAGGGGUGUACUUCAAGCAUCACCGACUGGAGUAUAUGGGGUACGGCGCUGUUGGUCUCUUAUUGCAGACAUUCCCGAUCGUGAGCACCUUUGUAUGCUUUACGAACGCGAUUGGCGCUGCGCUGUGGGCGGUACAGGUGGAGAGGGUAAAGCGCGGUGAAGGGGUAGAUCGACAUAUUGAGCGGGACAGUUGA